UUAGGCCGCUCCCUUCCUUUUAGUAGUGGCCGUCAAGCGCGUUGGAAGGACUGGACUGUUUAGGCCAACAUGCCAGUUGCCAGGAGUUGGGUAUGUCGGAAGACAUACGUCACCCCAAGGCGGCCCUUUGAGAAGUCCCGGCUUGACCAGGAACUGAAGCUGAUUGGUGAAUAUGGGCUGCGUAACAAGCGUGAAGUGUGGCGGGUGAAGUUCACCUUGGCCAAGAUCCGCAAAGCUGCCCGAGAGCUGCUCACCCUGGAUGAGAAGGAUCAGAGGCGUCUCUUUGAGGGUAAUGCCCUGCUGCGCCGUCUGGUCAGAAUUGGGGUGCUGGAUGAGGGCAAGAUGAAGCUGGAUUACAUCCUGGGUCUGAAAAUUGAGGAUUUCCUGGAGAGGCGUCUCCAAACCCAAGUCUUCAAGCUGGGCCUGGCCAAGUCCAUCCACCAUGCCCGGGUGCUCAUCCGUCAAAGACACAUCCGGGAGAUGUGUGGACAUGUCCCAGCCGUGUGUCUCUUUACCCCGCCAAUCCCUUCCCUGGACUGGAACCCUGGAUAACCUAAAAGCCCUGCAGUCUGCCUAAUGAGGCUGUAUGCCAAAAGCACCAUCAAUUUCGGCAAGGUUCACUGCGGCUCAGCCGUACACCUUGCGAAGGUCUUGGCGUGUGGGCAGUAGAGGUAACAACUAGCAACUCAGCUCCUUCUCGGCACAAAGUGUUAAUGUUGUCCCUCUUGAUACAUCCGGUUUUCAGUACGUAUAACCAGGCAUUCAUCUUGCCAUUGUAUACCGAGAGCAACAGCAGUAAACGUCAAACUUGAAUCAAGUUUCUCCCAAGCCUUUCCUGUUGUUGGUUGGUUCUGAACCUUUGUUCUGUGACCAGUUUUGUGAGCAAGAAAUUGUGAGGGCAUAGUUGCUUUGAGUUGUAUUGUUCAACACUUACUAAUGUGUAAGAAAAGCCUAUUGAUUGGUGGGACUUGGUUCUGAGCAUCAUGUUUAGGAAUUCAUUGCAGUGUUAAUUGAGUAAGGGUUAAUUGAGUAAGGGGCUGAGGUUAACCCUGGCCUUGAUAAUAGGAGCAGGAUGUUAACGUUCAUUUUCCCAAACGCUGAGCUUUUAAAUUUUAAACUAGAGUGUUGGAAUUGGGGGUGAUCACUUGAUUCCUCACCUGGCUCUCUUCUGUCAAUUAUUACUUUAGCUCUCUAGUUCUGUGAGAAACCAUUCUUAAGAAGAAUGUUGCUGGGUUUAGCUGGAACAUCUAACUGCUUCCUUUCUCCCUCUUCAGUGUAAGGAAGCAAGUAGUGAACAUCCCUUCCUUCAUCGUCCGCCUGGACUCCCAAAAGCAUAUUGACUUCUCUCUCCGCUCAC